AAAAUAACGGUCCAGGAACAUAUGUCUAACUUAAAAGAAUUACGUAGUAAUUAUACUCGUGCACGUGGGCCUGUGACACAGAGCAAUAAAGAAAUCUAGUUGCCCUGCAGUCUGAUCAAAUUUCUGUAAAAAGUCAUUUCCAAACACACCAUGGUUAAGGGCAGAAUGAAACAUACGCGUAUGUCCGAAUAUGACGAACGUGCAGAAAUGAUUAAAAUGGCUGAAUAUAUAUACAAGCGUCCGGACAACACAAAAGCCGAAGAAUAUACUCUACCAAUCGACAUACUAAAUUAUGAAGUUGACCCAAAAACGAGUACUCAACAUUUUAAUUAUAAACAAUGGUAUGCCCACAAAAUCGAAAGCAUUUACCCUGGCAAUAUUGACAAAUUAGCACAGAAUAAAGUUAAGCUACGGAUGCAACCGCAAUAUGUCCGAAAUUUGUUUACUGACACGCAAAGCGAAAAUGUUUACGAACGGCAAUACUCUAGCCAACCCACCUUUAUACAAAAACAUAGAAACACAUCCAUUAAAGGCUUCAGAAAGAAUAAAAAAUUUAGAAAACCUAUCUUGGUUACGAACAAAUUUCAUCCCUAUUCGGAGACUGUGGCUAAAAAUAGGAAGAGUAAAAUUGAUAGCAACCUGAGAUCUGGGGAGAUUGCAGCCGAAAUUGCAAAACUGAGACAAAAUUAUUUAGGCAAUGCAUCAAAUAUACUUCGCGAAUCUCAAAAUAUCAGCCCUGCUAAUGAUACAGACGCAUACAAGUCCUUGCUAAUAGCAAGUAUAUUUGGUUUUUUGCCACGCUUCGAUUAUAACCUCAGAAAGCUUGAAGAAAGUGAACAUGAAUUUAAUCCAUAUUCAAUGACUUAUAAAUUUAGCUUAGUAUUUUGCGGAAUAUGUUUUAUUUUUUGCCUUCUCAUAUGUUUGGGAAUAUGGUUUAUUAUGUGCAAAUUAUGCAGCAGAGCCAAACGUACGUUAAAAACAGAUAAGAAGAUAAUCAUCAUUUCGUUACUGCCUAUUGUUCCCACUCUGAUACCACUGUUAGGCGUGUAUUUGACAGACUCAGCCUUUACCGACAUGAAGCCACUACCGAGUCUAUACGAAGAAAAUCGCACCGAAGCACUAAUUGCAUAUACAAGGGGUUAUAAGAAUACAAUGAAUUUACAAACUCUUCACUUCCAUAGAUGUUACACUUGUGCCGCCAAGCAUUACGAUAUCACGGGUACAAGAAGCUUAUAUUGGGUUUCUUUACAAAUUGACAUGGUCAGAAACGUAACCAGAGAAAUGAACGAUUUAGUCAUGUUGCAAUUGCAAACCAUACACAACAUCAGCUUAGUCAUGAAGAGAACAUUGAACGUAUGGCCGAUCGUAUACCCAAUUAAAAUGUUUGUCUGGAUUAUUCACGUACCCUUACCUUUCGUCUUGUUGUUACUAACAUACUUAAGAAUACAGGUAUAUAGGUUCCAUAUAAUAGCAUUGCUGCUGUUUGUGUCAAGUUGGCUAAUGGCAGCUUUUACAGCGCCGGCCUUGAUCGCCAUAAACGACUUCUGUUUAGAACCAAUCACCUACACUGUCAAAUACUCGAGACUGUAUAACUUAAAAGAUGUCGCGCACUAUUUUUUAACCUGUGAUAUGGGAAAACUUGAAACACCACAAAUUAGUUCUAUUUGGAAAAUGAAAUAUGUGUUUUCAGAAAUCCACUAUCUUUUAGAUAUGUGGAAUAGAAGUUAUAGAACAAGAUAUCCUUCAAAAAGAUACGAUUGCCAACCAAACGAGGUAGGCAUACAAAAGGACUUGGCACUGUUAAAAAUGUUAGUCUAUGCCUUAGAUAAGUGUGACAAAUGGAUGCCUAUUUACACAAAAUUUGUAAUAGAGUUUUGUGCUGGUUCAAUAUUGGGCUUAAGUGUUGAACUGCUCGGCGCUGUGUUGUGCGGAACAGUGUUUACAGUUGUGGCUAUCACACUGCGUCGUCAAAAAAUGAUAAAGCAUGACGGAAAGCUCAUCCAUGAGCUUAAACGUGAAAAGCCGAAAGACUCACCUCGUUACGGGUGGUAUAAGCUUAUGCAAUCUAAGUACAAGCGUCGAAAAAAUUAACCAGGCCUAUCGUCAGUUCACUCGGUUCCAUUUGGUUUGAUUAAAUUGUUUCCAACAUUGUUACUACGGCUGGGAAAAAUAGAAUUUCCGAACGCAAAUAAUGUAUUCCUUCCUGACGCUGUCUGAACGCUGAACGUGAAAUAUUAAGAAAUAAACAUAUAAGAUCCUCCGGAAUUGAUGAGAGAUGCAAGAAAUAUGAAAGCAAGACUGUUUGGCUUUGAAGUUACAAAAUUUUUACAACAAGUUUUAAUAGUUAUUUGUUAUGCAAGGCUGGAAAGUUGUUCUUUGACGCGAGUGUUUGUAUUGAAACCUGCGAAGGAAGCUAAGGGUCGUA